AUGGCCUCAAAAAAUUGUGGCUCUAACUCGAACGGUACCAUCAAGGUUAUAUAAUAUCAAAAUAAAAUAAAAAGGAUUGAGCCUGGACGAAUAUCAAUUAAAAAAAGAAGAACGUAUCCCUUACACAUCAACACUUCUUGUUUCUCCAUCCUCAAUUAUAAAUGAAAGCGACACUCGCAGCUUCCUCUCUCACAUGCCGUCCCCAUCGCAAAGUCUCUUCUUUCCACCCACCGUCGCUUCUCCUUCGUUCUCUCCGACCAUCCUCAGCUUCUAUGACGACAGCCGCGCGUGGGAGCGUGGCUGUGACGGCUACCGCUACUUCCUCUGUGGAGGCGUUGCGAGAAGGAAUUGCGGAAUUCUACAACGAGACGUCCGGAUUGUGGGAGGAGAUUUGGGGAGAUCAUAUGCAUCAUGGGUUCUACGAUCCUGAUUCUUCCGUUCAACUCUCUGAUUCCGGUCACCGGGAAGCUCAGAUCCGAAUGAUUGAAGAGUCUAUCCGUUUUGCCGGUGUUACUGAAGAAGAUGAGAAAAGGAUAAAAAGAGUAGUGGAUGUUGGGUGUGGGAUUGGAGGAAGCUCAAGGUAUCUUGCCUCUAAAUUUGGAGCUGAAUGCAUUGGCAUUACUCUCAGCCCCUUUCAGGCCAAGAGAGCCAAUGAUCUCGCCGCUGCUCAAUCACUCUCUCAUAAGGUUUCCUUCCAAGUCGCAGAUGCGUUGGAGCAGCCAUUUGAAGACGGGAAAUUUGAUCUGGUGUGGUCAAUGGAGAGCGGUGAGCAUAUGCCUGAUAAGGUGAAGUUCGUGAAGGAAUUGGUACGCGUGGCAGCUCCAGGAGGAAGGAUAAUAAUAGUGACAUGGUGCCACAGAAAUCUAUCCCAAGUAGAAGAAACUUUGCAGCCAUGGGAGCAAGACCUCUUGAACAAAAUCUGCAAGACAUUUUAUCUACCAGCCUGGUGCUCCACCUCUGAUUAUGUCCAAUUGCUUCAGUCCCACUCUCUCCAAGAUAUUAAGUGUGCUGAUUGGUCAGAGAACGUAGCUCCUUUCUGGCCGGCGGUUAUAAGAACCGCGUUAACGUGGAAAGGCCUUGUGUCUCUGCUUCGUAGUGGCAUGAAGAGUAUUAAAGGAGCGUUGACGAUGCCAUUGAUGAUCGAGGGAUACAAAAAAGGUGUUAUUAAGUUUGGCAUCAUCACUUGCCAGAAGCCCCUCUAGAUGCCGGCUUAGUGCCUUUUAGUGAAUUGAUUCACAUGCUAUAGAAGGAGAUUUAGUUAGAGUCGCAUGAAAUUGUGGAUGCAUGAGAUCACUAAACGUCAUUGUUCGUUGUUUAUCAUAGAUAAGUAGUAUAAUUUCAAUAUAAUCUAAAGGUCAUUUCCAUGAAACAAUAUAAGUAUCUAUAUGUGAAAAUGUGGAUGCAUGAGAUCACUAAACGUCAUUGUUCGUUGUUUAUCUUAGAUAAGUAGUAUAAUUUCAAUAUAAUCUAAAGGUCAUUUCCAUGAAACAAUAUAAGUAUCUAUAUGUGAAAAUGUGGAUGCAUGAGAUCACUAAACGUCAUUGUUCGUUGUUUAUCUUAGAUAAGUAGUAUAAUUUCAAUAUAAUCUAAAGGUCAUUUCCAUGAAAC